AUGGACGCCAAUGAUAGUAGUGCAACUUUACUGCCAACGACGAUAACACAUGGCGAUAACAACCAACAUACGAUUAGCGCGGACGAUCUGGAAAAUGCUACGAAAGCUGUCUACAUCGCAGUCAUAAUUCCUAUAUCCUUGUUCCUCAAUUUAACUUUAAUUCGUGCUCACUAUCGUCUAAAAUCAGUGGAAGUAUCAGUAUUUGGACAGUUUACAAUAAAUCUAAUAAUGGCUUGCCUUGUACCCACGGUAUUACUAUUGCCAUUUUUAUUCGCUGUCCAAAUGAACGCCGGUUCAUGGCCCCUUCAGUGGAUAGGUUGUAGGUAUGCCACAUUUAUCCUGAACGUAAGUAAUCAUGCAAUCUAUAUAACGCUGGCGUUCAUGCAUAUGGAUCGCUACUUGAUUUAUUCAUUUCCUGAUCAGUACCACCUAAGAAUGCCUCGAGAUCGUGGAGUAUUUCUGUGUAUUGUAAGUUGGGUAGUUAGCAUAGCUUUUACUAUACCUUAUGCGUUGACCAAUUUCGACUGGGCUCAUAUUACUCCCUCAAAGAACUUGUCAACAAAUGCUACCAAUUCAUCAUUAUUUUGCAAUCAGACUACUACUAAAAGUUGCCAUGCCAAGCGCUUAGUGUGUGUCCCUUGGCCUGAAGGUCAAAGUAAUUAUUUAACAUUUGCUAUAAUUCAAGGACUAAUCUUGUACGGGUUACCUUUGAUACUUUUCAUUUUCUGUCAAGUUAAAAUCGUUCGACAUUCUAAAAAGAAAUUGAAAAAAUCUCAAGGUCGCGGUCAUCUCAAUUCGUUUACAAUUCGUCGUCCUUCAAGUCGUCCUAAAUUAGAGUCGCCAGUAACAGUGGGCAGGUCGUUUCAUGUCUUGACUACUAUCGAAGGGUCGUAUUUCAUAUUCUGCUUACCUUACGUCAUUAUAAGCUUUAUUGGCAAUUGGAUAGCGCCAAUACGCGGUCUUCAUUCCAUUGAUGGCUUUAUCAUUCUGUUAAAUAGCACCUUUUACAUCAUUACACCUUUAUGUAUUAUUGCGCGCGAUCGUUUAAUGAGACGUAGAUUUAAGCGUGUCCAUAAAUGCUUAUUUGAGCACAUGCAAUACAAUAAAGCAGUUAAAUGGCAUCAUCAUCACAGUCAUCAUCAUCAUCAUCAGACACAACAUCAUACUGAAGCGGUUACUUCCGAGACUCCUCUACAAGCAAUGCCAGCGCCAAGUACGGUAUAUCCUGAAGUAAACCUUACCCAAUUAACAUCAGUCAAUUUGAACCCAGCAGAUGAGACACCUGAUAUUGCCACUACUGGAGCGAUUAUUGUACAAGGCGACGACAUUUGUGAGGUUAACCAUAGAGAUAUUCAAGAAACGAUUACCGAAAAAAAUCUUCCCACAGCUUCAACAAGUAAACAAACAUCUGGUCGUGGAUUUUUUAGUACGAUCUCGCCAUUAAAAAACUACCUUUCUUUCCGUUCUAAUGAACGACGUGCUCAUGCCGCAGCAGAAGGUAACGACACUAACAAAGAUGCUACUUAUAUACCUAAAGGAUCAAUGUUUUUCCAUGGACUUCCACCUCCGAAACUUUUUGGUGGUUCAGUCGGUAUUCGAUUGCAAGUUGACUCUGCUAGCGUAAAGACUGUAGAGCGUUGGAGAACUACACAAAAACAAACUGCUGCCGAUGGUGACGAUUAUAGUAUUGCUAGUAGUCAGCACUCGGAAGCACCUCAUUCAGCACAACAUGUCUAA